ACAACACUUAACGUCAUGGCUGAUGAAGUGGUGGAAGGGUUCGUGGUGUGGCUGCGGGGCCUUCCCUGGUCUUGCUCAUCCGAGGAGGUCAUCAAGUUCCUCUGGAAUAGUGCCGACGGCGUACACUUCACCAACUCGCGUGAAGGCCGGCCCAGCGGGGAGGCUUUUGUGGAGCUGGAGUCUGAAGAUGACCUGGAUAGGGCUUUGGAACGUGACCACAAGAACAUGGGGCACCGCUACACUGAAGUGUUCCGAUCGAAGUUGAGCGAGCUCAACUGGGUGCUCAACCAGCAGAACCCGGUGGCGCUGCCCGAGAGUGGGGAGGCUGAGGGCUGCGUGCGUUUGCGCGGCCUGCCCUUCUCCCGCAGCAAGGAGGAGAUUGCGCAGUUCUUUACUGGGCUGGAAAUCGUGCCGAACGGGAUUACGCUGCCGGUGGACUACCAGGGGCAGAGCACUGGGGAGGCUUGCGUUCAGUUUGCCUCGCAAGAGGCAGCCGAGAAGGCUCUGGGCAAGCACCAGGAAAGGAUAGGGCACAGGUACAUCGAGGUUUUCAAGAGUAACAGGGGUGAGGUACGCGCCUACUAAGACCCACCAAAGCGGCUAGUGAUGGGAAUGCAGAGGCCCGGGCCCUACGAUCGGCCUAUGGGAAGUGGCCGUGGGGGCCCUCCCAUGCGUGGAGGCUUUGACCGCAUGCGCCGAGGCGGUGGCUAUGGAGGUUAUGGCGGUGGAUAUGACGAUGGCUCAAAUGGCUACAAUGACAACUAUGGCUAUGACCGUGGUUUUGACCGGGGUGGGAAGGGCAUGAUGGGUACGGGCAUGGGGGCUGGCAUGGGAGGUGGCGGCAUGUCCCGAGGCAUGUCUGGCCGUGGCUGUGGAGGUGGAGGAGGAGGAGGAGGAGGAUCCAGCUACCAGCGCUCCUCCGCAGACUUUGUGCACAUGCGGGGCCUGUCCUUCAGAGCCACAGAAUUGGACAUUAACAACUUCUUCACGCCGCUAAACCCUGUUCGCGUGAACAUCGAGUACGACGGGAGCGGGAGGCCCACGGGAGAGCGUGACGUCGAGUUUCCCCCUCACGAGGAUGCCGUGACCGCCAUGGCCAAGGACGAGGCUCACAUGCAACAUCGCUACGUCGAGCUCUUCCUCAACUCCUCUGCUUCAGCCAGCAUGGGUGGGGGGUAACUACGGUGGUGGCAAUGGCAUGGGCUCUCAGUCAACCUUCAGCACCGGUAACCAGGGCGGCUACAACACAACUGCCGCUGGCAUGUCUGGCGGAUGUGGCAACAGCAACUUU